UGUAUACAGCUCUACAACUAGUGAAUCCGCCACCAUUCGCCGCAAUCCUACAUUGAUUUGCGCUAUAUGAACCAAUUGGCCUGUCGAUAUGCAUAUGAGAAAGCAUGUGCAGCUAUCCCGCGUAAGCUUUGUCAGAUCGUUGACGGUUUUCAGUUGCGUGAACCAACAUUUCCAGAUAACAACCUUGCCUCACAGCCAAAACGGCGUCCAUGUGGCUGCUGACCUCUAUGUCAUAACAUACGCUGUACAUCAGAUAUCGGAGUAGUAGUACUCCGCAGCUGACCAAGACAUUCUUCAUCUUCGAAUCAGAAGGUUGAAAUCGUUCGUCAAAUCCGCAUGAAUGGAUCAACUUGUGCAUCUGGCAUACCACAUUGGUUAUUGUACAUCAAUCGCGUGCAACUAUGUCUGGGCGUGUCGUUCUAUUCCUCCUGGCUUCGGUUGCCGCUGUCGCUCAGGCUCAAAAUAGCACCUGUUGCGAAGCUCUUCGCGGUAGUGGGUUGGAGUAUGUAUACUUUCGAGACACUCCGGCCUAUCAAGAGCGUAAUAUUUCCUACUUUUCAGUCAGUGCGCAAUUGGACCCUAUCUGCUUCGUGCAGCCUACUGGCACUGCAGAUGUAGUGAAGACAGUCAACAUCCUCGUCAAACACCCUGCAUGUUUGGACACCAAAUUCGCGGUUCGAAGUGGAGGUCACAUGCAAUGGGCCGGCUCAAACAACAUUGACGAUGGUGUAACCGUCGAUCUGGGGCUGAUGAACUCCACGACAUUGGAGUCCAAUGGCAUUGCAGCUGUCCAGCCUGGAGCUCGCUGGGGCGCGGUAUAUGAAGCAUUGGAUCCUUUCAACUAUACGGUCGUUGGUGGCCGAGAGCACGCUGUUGGCGUUGCGGGCUUUCUUACCGGUGGAGGCAACUCAUUCUUCAGUGCGCGGUUCGGGUUUGCGGCGGAUACCGUGAAGAAUUUCGAGGUGGUUCUUGCCAACGGUGAAGUCGUCAAUGCGAACCUAAACGAGAAUAGCGAUCUAUUCCAAGUUCUGAAAGGAGGGGGCGGUUCCAACUACGGAAUUGUCACACGUUUUGAUAUGUACGCAGUCGCCAUAACAAAACUCUGGGGUGGAGUGGGAAUCUGGGACACGUCUUACCGCGAGCAGCAUAUCAAUGCGCACAUCAAGUGGGUCGAUAACGUAGAGAAAUAUCCACCGGGAAGCACUGUCAUGGCUUUCACCUACCAGCCGGUCUUAGGCGGGAGCGUCAUCCUCAACUUUCACCACGAUACCGAAGGUCAUGUGGCUGCACCUGCGUUCGAUGACUUCCUUGCUAUUCCGCAAGUUUCGAACACGUUUAGGAUCGCUAGCCAUACGGAAAUGGCUGAUGAGCUUGAGCUGCCCUAUGGAUACCGUAACGUCUGGUUCACCACAGCCGUUCGCAAUGACCCCCGGAUCUACAACAAAAUUGUUGAUCUCCACAACCAGCUAACUGAAGAAUGGAAGUCUGAAGGCGAUCCUGAUUUCAUGGCUGAAACAAACUUCCAAGCGAUACCUAGAAGCUUUACUGAGCAUAGUCUCGCCAAUGGCGGCAACAUCCUAGGACUUGAUCAGGUGAACGAGAACGUGGUUAUGAACUUAUUUGUUAUAGCCGUUAGGACUAGAGAUCUGGAAGUGAAAGCGACGGAGAAGAUCAAGGCGUACGGGGCACAGAUUGAGGCUUUCGCAGCUAGUGUUGACGGGCUGGUAGACUGGAGAUAUUUGAACUAUGCGGGUGGUGGUUACCAGGAUCCACUCGCGUCUUAUGGAGAAGAGAGUUCUGCUAAGAUGAAGGCCGCAUCUGCAAAGUAUGAUCCUACGGGGAUAUUCCAAACAAAGUCGCCCGCGGGAUUCAAGCUAUCGAACAGCCGCGCAGGUUCAUAA